AUGGGUUCCCGCCGAAAGAUCAACGAAAUAGACGAUUCCUUCGAACAGUUCGCCGCCAGCCUUCGUGAAGCUGCUGAUGUGGACUCUCAAGACCAGAUUACGUAAUGAUUCUACACAAAUUUUUCCAAUUUUUACCAAUUCUUUUAGCUUGUAUUUUCAGCUCCCGAGGCUACGAGUCGGAGGAGGGAUGGAGCUGUCGCCUCAAGGACUAUGUUUUCGAGUUCAUUUUGGGAACUGGUGCCUUUGGCGACGUCAUCAAGGCCCGGAAUUUGGCGGAGAAAAAAGACUGCGCGGUUAAACUGCUGAACUACCGAGUCAGCAGCAAACGUCAUAUUGUAAGCCCCAGUAGAUUGCUUUGCACACAUUUUAUCUUCAUUGUUUUUAGCUCGACGAAAUCAAAGCCAUGUCUCGUUUGUCCCAUCCGAACUUGGUCGGCAAAUACUCGGUCUCUGUGAUCAACCGGUCCACUAUUUUCAUCGUCAUGCCGCUGCUGUGGAAUCUCCGGAAACUUUGCGAAGAGAGUCGUGAGCUUCGGGUAAGUGGAGGUUCUCGCAGUGAGACCAAAAUCAAUUUUUUUAUUUUAUUUUUUUUGGGUUCGGCGUUGCAACGAAAAGUUGAAAGGCUUGCAGUUUCGUAAUUCCUGAGCGAUUUAUAGUUUCGUAAUUUCCUGAGCGAUUUAUAUUACGUAAUUUCCUGAGCGAUUUAUAUUAUGUAUAAAUUUUGGGUCUCGCCGCGAAAUGUGUUUUUUUGAGCUCAAGAUUACCCGAGUUCUUUUUAUACAUAUUAAUCGAUUUUGAGCAAGCAAAGAUAUCGAUUUUUGCUCAAAAAUUGAACUUUUGUGUCCCACCACGAAAACCUGAAAUCCCAAGAAAAUUUUCCCAACCCUCAAAAUUUUAGCUAAAUAUGGCCAGACUGUACGCAAUGGCGUCGAUUACCCAACUGAAGCCAGUAAGCCCAGUCAGUGAAAACUGUGCGGGCCAGAUUGUCCAUCAACUCCUGACCGGCCUGGACUUCAUGCACAAGAAUCGCUACAUUCAUCGCGACCUCAAAAGCGGGAAUCUGUUGGUGAGCAAUAAGGGAACCGUGAAGAUUGGCGAUUUUGGGUUGACGAAACAAUUCGAAACAGGCCAUUUCAAACUGGGAGAGAUAAAAACUCCUGUUGGAACGAGCUAUUACAUGGCACCGGAGAUUGCUUUGAGGUUUGUGAAGGUCAGCGAGAAGCCUUAUGAUAUCCGUGCGGAGACUUGGUGAGUUUUAGGAAGGAUACUUCCCAAAUCAAAGCAGUUUUGUAUGAACGGAAGUUUUCGUGGUGAGACCAAGCAUUUUUUGACGGUCCUACAGCGAAACCCUUUGGUGACAAAAUAUUGAAUUAAGAAUGAGGUGCUUGUACUAUUAGUUGCUAUUAUAUCGAAAAUGAUGAUUUUUAGGGUUACUGUGGCAAAAUUAAGACUUUGUUUAGUCCCACCACGAAAACUUCUGGGACAAAAAUUUUUUUCUAAGGCGAAUUUGAUUUUUUAACUGAUCUUUUAGUUGAUUUCCUAAAUUAUAAUACUUUUUUUGAUUUGUAUGAGCCGUUUUUUAGAUUUUCAAGUUGUCGCGGCGGGACCAAUCUUUAUUGUUUUUGUCCGCGGAAACUUCUCAGUUUUGAAUCAAGAAUUUGGAGCUAAGUUUUAAUCUUGAAUUUUACUUUAAGACUACUUCUAUCGUAUUUUAACUAAUAAAAUUAAUUUUUGGUCCCACCACGAAAACCUGAAAUUCUUCAAAUUGGUUAUUUUUGAAUUCCAGGAGUAUCGGGGCUAUCAUGUGUGAGCUUCUCUUGAACUGCCUUCCCUUUGCUCAUUACCCAGCGCACGCCGAGGGGAUGGUUAAGACGCUGAAGGCGGCAACCAAGGAGGUAAAUCAAUAUAAUCUUUUGGAAUGUCGUAUUGUAUUUUACCUCAAAAUUUGCGCUUCUUCCAGAAACACAUUAUUUGGGAGCUGAUGUUCCCGCCACGGAUUUAUGAGGGUAUUGCUAUGGAUUUAUCACCCGCUUGUCGCGACUUUAUCGACAAAUGUUUGGUUGGGGACCCGGCCCAGCGAAAAACUUGUAGCGAGUUGUUGAAAAACAGCUGGGUCAAGAAGUUCAAAGGGAAAAAGGAUGUGAUCCAAGAGGAGUUGUUGGAUGAUGAGAUCAAAAAAGGGGUAAUUGGGAAGUUGAAGGCGAUGAAUGGAAAGUUUUUGGCACACAAUGGAGGGGCCAGAAGGCCUUUGAAUGUGAAUAUGCUGUUCAAUCCGAUGGGAACACGGGUAAAAUACGUCAAUUAA